AUGAGCCGGCGCUCGUCUCUUAAUAUCUCCCGUACAGCGUCGCCUCUCGGACCAUCUUCGUCAUCCCGGCUCGCUGCAUCAUCAACGCCCAUUGUCGUCGACGUUUCGUUCGAUUCGCCUGUCGUCUUUGCCGGCCAAGCCCUCACUGCUAAAAUCACUUUCCGCAACCCAGAACCCCCAAUACCAGCACCAGAUCAUCAGCCUCCACCUCCAACAUCAACUUCUGCAAAUCUUUCAGAUCAGGGCCUUGGGAAUCAUACACAAUUAGCUCAGGCACCUAUAUCGAGCAAUUCAUCUAGAGAUUUUAAUAAUCAUAAUAACCAUACAAAUGAUGACUCGCAAUGGGAUAUUCCCGGAAGAAAACUAUCAGUCCAAAUCGCAAGUACUUUCCGCGACCUAUACUUCAACAAUAGUGCAAGCUCGCCAGAACUACCCGCAGGUUCCGUCCACCCACAUUCUCCUGCAAGAACUACUGCUGCUACUGGAAUCUCCAACAGUGGACUCCAUCGCUCUGGCUCCGUUCGUGCGUCACCACCGCAGCACUCUGUGGCUACCCCCAGUCUUCUCAUGGGCUAUGCCCAAGUCCAGGGCUACUUUGUAGUUGAUGAUGAGCUGGUGGAUGUUUCACAGUUUGCACAUGCCAAAACUCAAGGCGUUGUUGUUGGCGCAUCUGGUCUCGCUUACGCACCAGCCCCACAAACAGGUUUCCUACAUGGCCUUGCGUCUGGAAUCGGAAGCUUAUUCCAGGUCAAAGAUGCAGAAGCAAUGAACUCACGUGUUUCGCCUGUAGGAAAUCUACCAGGCCGUGUCCGUGCAGGAUCGUUUGGUAACAAUGGGCUCACUCGAAGUCCUGUCAUGACCCCAAUCGGCGGUAAUAACAUGCGCAGCGGAGCAACCACUCCAACAGCACAAGGCACUUCAUCUGCCAUUGCGCUCAGCAAUACAGGACCUGCACCGGCAAAUGCAGUGCCGAUUUUUUCAACACCACAGUCACUACUUUUCGUAGACCUGAAACUCGCGCCCGGUGAAAAACGUGUUUUUUAUUAUAAGCUUCCACUACCUAAAACUCUGCCGCCUAGUUGCCGCGCAAAGUCUCUGCGAAUUCAUUAUAACUUGGUCAUUGGUACCCAGAAACUUAUCCGUGGCAUGCCAGUUCCUAAAACUACUUUUGUCCCCUUCAGAGUGUUCCCAUACAUUGACAAAUAUGGCCUACAAUAUACCCAUGACCUAAAGGCCCCCAUAGUUUUGCAACGUGAUGAUGCUCUAGUUGCAUCAAUUCCACUGGAUAUAAUUUCUUCUGAGGAAGCCACUGCUGCUUAUAUCACUAAGCUCGAGGCUACAAGUACCAAAAAUAAUGAUUCCAAACGUGGCAACAGAGGCAACAAUACCCGUCACGAUUUUGAACUGUACGUGGCUGAAAUGCUACGCGAAAUUAAUGCGCACAAAGACCAAAAUUCAUCACAAAUAACUUCUUCCCCCAAUGAAAAACAUCCAAAUAUAAAGCCACCGGAAUCGCCUGUCGCACCAUUGUUUUCUCAAGUUAUGCAAAGCUCGGCAACAAUCUCAGAUGAUGACGAUCCGCGAAAUAACAUUGAGCAUUUUACAAGGUUUCAGCAGACAAAGCCACCAGCGAGGCCUCUUAAAACCCGCUACGAUAUCGGCCGUGCCGGGCGUCGUAUCGCCGCAAUUACAUUUUCAAAAGCAGUGUACCGGGUCGGCGACAGUGUUUUAUUUACGGUUGACUUUGCGCGAGCAGCGCUGAAAUGCUUCCAUGUUACGGUAGCUCUCGAGACUGAAGAAGCUAUUUCUCCCGAUGUACUAAAGCAAUUUAAUGAAAAUACAGAUGAUGAUGACGAUGAUGACAACAAUGAUUUAUCGCGGCAACAAAAACAGCUUCCGGUCGUCGAUACCUCUGGACUCACAAGGCGCGUGUAUUCACAAGCAACAACGUCGACAUAUGCAGCCGCCAAAACGGCUUUUGAAUUUACUAUCCCAGCCACAGCUACACCACAGUUUAGCACAUCGGCAAUUGCGCUCAAAUGGGUGCUCAAAAUGGACUUUAUUACAAGUCCUGCAGCGGCUCCACCCAUGGUUUCGGAACUCAUUGGCAACAGCAACUCAAAUUCUAACCAUGAACGAACAACGUCAACAUCUGAAUUGUCUGCGGACCAACAGUCACCAACACCAAACUAUCAUGAUCAAGCAGAAGCAUCGGGUAAUAGUAACCAGCAACCACCAUCUGAACAUGCAACAGCAUCAGCACGAACAUUUGUGCCGGAAGAUAUCUUGGAGCACAUUCCCGAUGACCCUCACUCUGUGAUGGAGAUUGUGAGCGUGUCGCCAAAGGGUGUUAUUGCAGUGGCUAAAGAAACAAUAGCUUGUGAAGCAUUUUCAUGCAAGGUUCCGCUGCAUGUUGUACCGACAAACCAAGACAUUAGUGCACUGCUCCGGCACUCAGUAUUAUCAACGAGGUCUUGGGAGCUAUAG